GCAAUCAACAACUUUCGUACACCUCCGACAGUUCUUUGUAAUCGCUCAACGAGCAGCUGGAUUAAAAUUGUAGGGAGAGCUGCAUAUUUUUGGUUUUAUUUAUAAAAAAGUAAAAGCACGCUAAUAGGCUAUAAAUAUACAUACGCCAAUAAACAGCAGUAGCAAAAGCCCUCUACUGAAGACCUACAACGGGUGGAUGAAGCGUUGAAGUGGAGCUUGGAAGUCACAAAAGUUUGCCCAUCAAAGCGACAGAAAAAGAGAAAGAGUAACAAUGGACAUUUUGGACAUCGAUGAAGCGUUGAAAGAUGAUUCUUUUAUCUGCUUGGAAGAUAAAACACACGAUGACGUUUCGAAUAUAUUGCAGCAAUGGAAAAGCAACAAUUGUCCGCUACCAACGCAAUAUCAGCAGGAACAAGCUUACAAACUAAACUCGAGAACAUUUACGCGUCCUCGCAGGAAGUUGGCGCAAAAUCUUGAAUCGCCCUUUGCACACACCUCUGGUAGUAAUGGUGCGCAAUCAACGCUUCCAACUCAUUCCGAACAGCUGUCACAUAAAUUUACCAUUGCCACGCCUCAGCCGCCGAUUUUCAAUCUCGAAAUUGGCGGUCUAGUUACAACGAUGCAUAAGUCAUUUUUGCAAGACACGUCACCCCCCUCAUCCAUUUGUUCCUCCAUGGAGAUGUCAAUGGAGCGCAUGAAUAACUCACUGAUCACGUCAGCGGACUUUACUAACAUAAACUUUCUACAAUCGACACAAAGCCUAGAUUUCAACGAGCCAAUGCUUAAUGGUGGCGAAUUGUUCAACUUAGCCAAUAAGGCAACCAGUGAUGGUUAUACGUUAAGCGACAUGAUACGCGAUAGGAAAGCACUCGAAUCGCUAACAAUGUCGGGUGAUGGCACACUCAUAAAAGAUUCGCAUAUCGGUCAGAUCGAUGAUAUAUCACUUGCGCUCAGCAAAACGGCAUCGGGUUACAGUACCUUGGACAAUUCCACGGAGAGCAUGCAAGAUGAGCAACAGCAGGGUAAUGGUCUAAAUGCGGCGGCCAAUGCUACCACAGUGGGUGUUGGUGGCGGUAGCUUGCCUGACGGCAAAAACAACAUUAUGCAUCGUACCAUGCUGCUUAGUGAUGAUGUAAUCAGUGAUACAACUUUUGAUUUGGUUGAAAGCAGUUUGUGUGAAAGCAUCGAAAAUGGAAAUGGAAAUAACCCAGCAACUGCACCCACAUCCGCUAAACUCAUCAACGAGACGUUCAAGAGGCCAUGGCCAAUGGACGAGACUGUUUGUCUUCCCACAAAAGCCAAUGCAACAUUCGAAUUUAAACAGCUAACACCAGAUGCGCGUUUAGCGUCAGAAACGCGUUGUGAAACUCCAGAAAAUUUGGCCGAAACAGUGGCCGCACGCAAGUUCUACGAGUCAACACCGCAUGCUGCUGGCAUGGGCAAAGACGCUCAGCAUCUUACACCUACGACCUCGAAGUUAACAAUAGAUGAGAGCAAUCUUUCGCCUAUAGUGGGCUCGCCGGAGAAAUUGAAUGCAACACGCGUGCUGCAUGAAACCUUCGGUCAGGAGUCGGACGUCAAAAAAGUGAAUUCGAAAACAUUUUCAGGCACUUUGCCACGUCUUGAGAGUAUCGAACAAAUGUUAGAUGAUAUUGAAAAUCCCAAUGAGACUUACGAGAAAGUAUCUGCGCGCACACAAGAACUGCAACAAAGCGCGGCCGAUAUACAAAUGCAAAAUGUAUUGGAGCUCGCGCACGCUGAGGAAGAGCUUUUGGCAAGCAAUAACGAUCAGGAAUUUGAGCAUAUGCUGGAAGAAUUCAGUAAGGUGGAAGUAAAUGCUGAGCAUGUGAAAAUGAGGAAAUCGCUGGAGACAAUAAAACGACGCUUCCAUCGGGACACCAUUGCUUUGGGAAGAGCACCAGCCUUGCAACACGGCGCUGAUAGUAAUAUUCAUGCCGCCCAUAUACACGAGAAAAUAGUUGAAACGAAUGGCGCUGACUGUCAAAAUGAAUCGAGGCGUAAUGGCAGUUACAGCAAAUUGGAUAUAAAUGCCAGCUUAGAGCUUAAGCGUUCAUUAUUGAACGAUUGCUCAGCGCCUUCUGGUUUAUCCUCACCAUCCCCCUCAUCCGCAUCGGUAUCUGCCUCAUCGGCGGUUUCCUCGAUAACGGUCAGUGGUGGCGGCAACGUCAAUGCAACGAGUGAACGACUGCUAAGUCGUCGCAGCCGGCUAUAUGAUAAUAUAAAUCUUUCAACAAUUUCCGCUGGCAGCAGUAAUCAUCAUUCGCCAUCCCGUUCACUGGGUGCUUCAUUCACAGUACAUAAGCGUGAAGAUAACGAGUAUGAAAAUUGUGCAGUUGCCGCAGAUGCAGCGACUAAAGCGGGUGCACCGAAACAGACUGAAGAAAAAGAAGAGAAUUUGGGAAAGACUGAUGAAGCGCAUGAAAAUGUACACGGAUCAGGGGCUUUGAACAAUUACAACGCUAUUGGCACCUACAGACUCUCAGAACGGCGCGAACGUGACCGCGAUCGUUUUAAGACAAUAAAAAUUGUCAAAGGAAGCAGUGCGAAUGACGUUCUUGCAGCUGUAAAUGUGCCUUGCAUCGAUGAUGAAAUUGCGUGUGUAGAGAGCGUAUCUGACGACAACGCUGCAGUCUUCAAUAAUAAUAAAUCAGAAAUUGAAGCGGAAAAGGACGUUGUGUCGGCAACUGGAAAUCAAAACACCUUCAAGAAAUCCACGACGGCAUCAAAAAUCAAUCCGAAUUUUUUAACAUACAAGAAGCCGAAAGAUAAACCAACACUCGGCGGAAAUUUGCCGGAAAUAGGAUGCGACGCAUUAGUCAGCAAUGAGGAGUUCGAAAAGACACCAGAAACGCCCAGCCGUUUACGUUCACGUUCACGCCCGCGUUAUAUUUCCGGUUUACAAAAGAUGACGGUGGUUAAAGCGAUUUCGGCGGGCGAUUUGGAUCGUGCUACAGCGCCUGGCUUGCGACCGCCUAACGCCAGCGUCAGUCAUGCUGGGCUCAACAACUGUCAGGAUGCUUGCGCUGAGAAGACUGCCACGAACACUAAAUACCAACGCAACACGCAACCUUUGAAGACAUCAACGGAUGACGUUAAAUCCCCAAUGGGCACCAAGUCAAAAUCCUUCCACAACUUAUCGAGUAAUUUUGGUUUUAAUGGCAGCGCAAGUGGCCUGUCGGCGGGACGCAACAGCAGUUUUGGCUUAAAGAAGCCCACCACUUUUGAAAGCAAUGGUUUUUCCACAAACUCUGCGAGGGAGCGCACUGGCAACGGUACGCCGAAUGCCACGCUGCAGCUGCAAGCCGACGAAGCAGUUUUCAAGGUACCCAAGCUUAUGUCUGGCCUACGUGCGCCUGGUGUGAAACGCGCCAGCCUGGUGCGGCCCUCCUCCGGUUACUAUAGUCUCAACAGUCUUGCCGCCAAGGGUAUGCCACCGUUGCCGCAAGCGCCACAAACACAGCCAGCGAAUGAUGCCGAUUCUGAUAGCGGCGGCAGGCAUUCACCCACAGAAAGCAUGUCUUCAGCUUCAUCGCGUAGCAGCUUACACAGUGGCGGCGGCGGUGGUAGCAAUAUUGGCAAGCCGGUUGCAUCCGCUACUGCUUCAAAGCCCGUAUCUUUCGCCAACACUAACACAUUGAACCUGACUAAGAUUACCACUGGUUCAACGGGUAUACCGAAGCCAUCUGGCCUGCGGCCGCCUACAACGAACAUCAAGCGCAGCGGUUUGCCCAAGCCAGCCACAGCUAUGGCGCGACGAUAAACCGUAUGUCACACACACAUACUACAUUGCAAUACAAACAACUACGUAUUUUAUAUAUAUAUUACUAAGCGACAUACAGUAUAUUUACACGUUUGUAAAUUAAGCAAGCGGAAUUUAGUCAAGUUGGCAAUGUGACUAUGAAAUCAAAUGAAGGAAAUGUAUUGAGCUGAAGGCAUUUCUUUGUGCUCUCUUAAGUUGCCACAACUAAGAUUAUUUUUUUAUAUAUACAUACAUAUAUUUAAUUUUAUUUCGACACGAAUUCGAUUCUUGUACUUUAUGUAUAACUUAGAAGACAGAAACAAACGAAAGAGAACAAUAACAAAAAAUGAGCGAAAAACAUACGUAUACAAUGAUUAUUAGAUACUGAGAAAUUUCAAAUUCGAAUAUUAGCAAUGCAUAUAAUGAAUAACUAUUUCCUUAAGAGAAAUUAUUAUCAAUUUCAAUUAUAUGUAUGUGCGUUAAUUAAAUUUAGAACAAAAAAAAAUACUAUUAAAUGAUUUAACUAAAAACAAAACGGCGAACUUGAACUAUUAAGAAACAGAGAGAAGAGAAACUGCCGCGAAGAAAAUGAGUGGCGAUUCUAGCUGAGUGCUUCUGAGCGCUACCUCGUCUGAACAGUUUCAUCAGGGGACGCAAGAGGAGGGAAGAAUGCCUUAUUUUUUCUGAAAAUGUUAGAGGCGUGGCUGUUGUAGCUGGCCAUCGAUGACUCGUCGUAAGUGUAGUGGAGAACAUGGAAAGUAAUCGCCGUAAAAUGUUGUGACUUUCGUUCGUUUUCUCUUCCUAAAGUAUGUAUUUAUAAAGCAUUACGAACAAAAUGAAAUGGAAAACAAUAACUACUGCUCACAAAUAUUAAAAACAAAUUUACGAAAAGAAAAGAAGUAUGAUUAAAAGAAAAUAAAAUAAAUGUAUACUCUUUUGUUGCUAAACAAUUAAAAGUAAUUGCUGUUUAAUUAUUAAAUAGUUUUUUUAUACAUUCUGUUGCAUUCAAAAUCCUUAGUGUAUUCAUUAAAUAAAAGCAUUUCAUUGUCCAAUUGCUUAAAACUUAAUAUAUGCAUACAUACAACAUACAACAUAACAUAACAUAAUUUCGUGCCAAUUUCAAUUUCUACAACAUACAUUGUAAAUCAGAUUGUAUCAUUUAGCAUAUCCAUAUAAUGGUGCCGUUAAACGUUUGUUUAUAAAUCAGUGCAUAAGCAUAAAAAAGCUUAAGCUUACACGCCACCGCCACGUAAACUUUUGUCGUUUUACUGCUCCACACUUAGUUUUGCUAUGUACUCUACUAUUGUGUUUUUUUUUGUUUUUUGCCUUAUGAUGCCAAGGUCAAAUAAAAACUGCUUUUACGCAAACUUAUCAGUGACUGCAUAACUACAACAAAAGGUUACGUCAAUUCGAUAAGUGGCUCAUCUGCUGAACACAAUCACACACCCACAAAACAUACAUACAUAUAAUAUUUAUAUAGUAUAUUCAUGUUUAUAAUAUGUAUAGUUAUAUAAAAAAAAUAUACGCAAAAUGUGCUUUACUCAUUGCUUUUUGUUCACAAAAAAGAAAAUUGUUGAUGCUGCAUACACUUUCAUACGUACGUACAAUGAUACAAAUAUGUUUUUGCAUCAAACGUACGUACAUAUGUACAUUCUUUUUUAUGUGCGCUUGAACUCAUGCAAUUGCUCAUUUUUUAUGAUCUUUGUCAACCGCUGUUAUUUUUCGCUGCAGAAAUUUUUGCUCGCUUUAAGCUGGAGUUUUUUUUUGCUCAGCGUCGCCUUUGAGCUUUAUUGAAAUAACCGAUCAUAUCAAAUCGAAUUGUUGCUUGGGGAAAAUCUGCAUGCGGGAAAGAUAUGCUGUUGAUAGAUUGACUUUUUUUUGACGUUUAAGGAUUAGUGAAUUUUAAUUGAAUUAUGGAAGCUCAAAAUUAAUAUUGAACAAUUAAUCUUUUUAUAUAGUCUCGAAGGUUGAUUAGAUAGAAAUUAGCCAAAUUGAACAUUUAUUUAUUUAUUUGCUUAAUUAUCACAGAUAAGCAGGAAAAAAAUAACACGUUAUACAAAAUUACAAAAAAUCUAUUUUUCUCUUACACGGCGUUUACAUGAGAAUUUACCCAGUAGCGAAAAUGGUCACUGGUGACAUCGUCACUAAUGGAGAUUUGGUGACAUCGUCGCUCUUGCUGUGAAUCCUAAGCGACAUAUAGCUGACAAUGACACUGGUGAGAAUGUUAUGCAGGUGUACUCCUAUCAAAGACGUAUAACAGACAAUGUCUUGCAGCGGUCACUUAUAAAAAGUUCAUUGCAGUACAUUGUCGCUUGAAUAUCAUCAAUGAUCACUGCAUGACAAAGUCAUCCAGAUGCCAUCAACGACUGAAGACUUGAUAUGGCCGUACAAGACACUUAAGUGACUAAUUCAUGACAUUCGCUACGGGGUUGCCAAGACAAUAGAAAUACAUUCACACUUUUUCACUAAACACUCACACAAAGACCAUUAAUUGUUUUCUUAAUUAAUUGUCUGACAAUUGUCUUCGUCACUGUCUUUGAUUUUUCAAAGACAGUGAAUUGGACAAUUCGGUCACGUCUUGGUUAAUUUGAAAAAAAAAGACAAGACAAAAUCGCAAAAAAUCGCAGAAUUAUGAAAAAGUGCAUUGUGUUAGGACAUUUUAGUAAAUAAUAUGAAAUUCACGCCAAACGACACUAACGGCGGUUGCUGAAAAAUGUAUUGUCUUUAUAAUUGUCUGGAUGCCUACUUUACACUACAAUUUACAACUAAUGCUGCUUUUACAUAAGACAAUUUGAGUCAAGACAAUUGAGACUAAAUUGUUUAUUAGUUGUCAGAGCCAGCUAUUUGAUUACAACAAGAAUAUUCAAAAUUUUAAAUUUUGACGCAUUUUUUUUUUUUAAUUUCAGGACGAAAUACACGCCUGGAACGGACUGCAAAAAUACAAGUACAUAGAAUACUUAAUUAUUUUGAGUUUCAAGCAUAACCUCAAAAAUAAAAAAAGUUUAUAUUGCAAAAUUUCGAGUAAGUGGGAAUGAAGUAUCCAUUUUGAAUGAGGCCUCUUAUUAUCCGAUUGUAAAAAAGAUAUACAAAAUUUAUUUCCCGUUGUUAAUGUUAUUUUUUUUGUUGCUUGAUUUUUUCUUGGCUGCAGGACAAAUAAAAAGCAUUAUAAUUAUAGAAAAGUCUUUUAAACCAAAAGCAAAAUUGUUUAUUACAGAAUUAAGUCAAUAAGCAUUCAAAUUCAAAAAAAAAUAUUGUAAAACUCAAGAUUCCAAAAUUUAAUGUGAGUUUCAACGCAAUUUUGCCUAAAAUUGAUUUUAAAUUAGGUCCUUUAUUAUUUCCUCGUAAAAAGUAUAGAAAAUUUAAUUCCCACUGAUAAUUAUUAUUUUUAUUUAUUUAUCCAAAGCUCUCGUUCGACCAAAAAAACCUGUCUAGUUUAAAACGGUCUUUAACAUUUAAGCAAAGUUGUUAAACAAUUAAAUCAAUAGGCAAUGCUUUGGAAAAUUUUCGUUUCCGAAUAUCACCUCAAAUUUUAAAAACCUAAUUUCUACCAAAAAUUUAUUUCAAAUAAGCAAAAGGAUAUAAAAAAAAUAGUUCCGUAUGAAAAAUACAAAGUUUAGUUGAUUUUUUCUUAGUUUCAUCACAAAGUGCAACCGGCUUUUAGUGAAAACAUGCAUCAAGAAAAAAAAA